AUGGCGACUGUAAAUCUGUUGGAAUACCUUCACUCAAGGACGCAGCUAGAUAUCGACACAUACAAUGCUGAAGGUUCUUCCAAAGAGAUCGGACCAUUCCAAGAUGCAACAGGAAAUCAGUUUGAGAUCCAAGCGGAGAUUGUCAAGCCCAACAGAAGCGCACUGGUGAAGAAAUCACUAGCGUUGGCGACCACGAUCCACCCACAGUUUGCCUCAAUUACCCUUGAGGAGCUUGCUGUGGAAGUAGUGGGUAUCGAAUUCGCCCUCGAAAUGAUCCAAACUGUUCGUGGAAAUGUCCAUGUUAUGGUCAAUCCGAGCUACUCCUACAACACCGAAGCGAUGGUUGCAAAUGCUCAGCCAACAUGGGAGGGACUGCAAGCUGCACGUCAGCUCAAGCGAAGCGGAGUGAAGACUUUGGCUACGACUCUCUUUUCGAUGGAGCAGGCGAUCCUUGCGGGCGAAGCCGGCUGUACAUCGAUUUCACCAUUUGUGCACGAGCUUAAAACCGAAACUUACGAGGGAUACAAAGACAGCAACCCCAUUUUUGGGGUAUGCAUGCAAGCCCAACAGUUCUACCGCCAGAAUUCCAUGCCCACCCGAGUGAAAGCCUGUGUGACACUGAACCUCGAUGAGAUCAUAAUGCUCGCCGGAAUCGAUGCACUGACAAUAACACCACAAGUUCUGAAAGACUUGGCAGCUACAGAGAGACCCCAAGAGGGAGGUAGAGAUCAAUACCGGAUUCAUUUUGCCGCGAGUGAGGGUGGAAAAGCGCAGUUCAAGACAGCACAGGCAAUUGCUCUGUUUUGUGACGCUCAAACCGCGGUGGAGUUGUACAUCAAAUCUCAAUUGGAGGAAUCUUCUUACAUCCCAAUCAAUCUAUGA